CGGAGUUCAAGUAUGUGGGGAACAUGCAUGGGAAUGAGGUGCUGGGCCGUGAGCUGCUGCUGCAGCUCUCCGAGUUCCUGUGCGAGGAGUACCGCCGGGGCAACGAGCGGAUCACCCGCCUCAUCCACGACACGCGCAUCCACAUCAUGCCCUCCAUGAACCCCGACGGGUACGAAGUGGCUGCCAAGCAGGGCCCGGACAGCAAUGGGUACUUGACAGGGAGGAACAACGCCAAUGGAGUGGACUUAAACCGCAACUUCCCUGACCUCAACACGUUCAUGUACUACAGCGGGGAAAUCAGCGGGCCAAAUCACCACAUCCCACUGCCCGACAACUGGAAAAGCCAGGUGGAGCCGGAGACGUUGGCUGUGAUCCAGUGGAUCAGCAGCUACAACUUUGUGCUCUCAGCCAAUCUGCACGGUGGAGCGGUGGUGGCAAAUUACCCCUAUGACAAGUCUCAGGACCAGCGGCUCAGGAACCACCGGCGUACGGUCAACACGCCUACCCCUGAUGACAAGUUGUUUCAGAAGCUGGCCAAGACUUACUCAUACGCCCACGGCUGGAUGCACCGUGGCUGGAACUGUGGAGACUACUUUGCUGAUGGCAUCACGAAUGGGGCAUCCUGGUACUCACUCAGCAAAGGCAUGCAGGACUUCAAUUACCUCCACACCAACUGCUUUGAAAUCACCCUGGAGCUGAGCUGCAAUAAGUUCCCCCCCGAGGAGGACCUGGAGCGGCAGUGGAUGGCCAACCGGGAGGCCCUUGUUGCUUUCAUUGUUCAUCAGGGUAUCAAAGGGAUGGUGUCAGACGAGAACAACAACGGCAUUGCAGGAGCAGUGAUUUCUGUCCAGGGAAUCAGCCAUGACAUCACCUCUGGUGAUAUGGGGGAUUACUUCCGGCUGCUGCUGCCUGGCACUUACACUGUCACAGCCUCUGCAGAGGGGUACCAGCCCCAGACGGUGACAACAACAGUCGGCCCAGCUGCACCUUCAUUGGUGCAUUUCCAGCUCAAACAAGAUGUGGUGAGGAAGCCCCCAGAGCGUAAAGCCUCAGGCACACGCACGAACAACAAAGCCCUUCAGAAGAAGGUAGUGCCAAGAGCCACGCGCCAGGGGGCCCAAAGAUGAGGACAUCUCACUUGGCUGGAGCUGGGGGAAGCCGUUUAUACAAGGCCUGGCUGAUGACUCCAGCCAGUGAACUUUCCAACAGUCCAGCAUGAAAGUAGCCCAAAUCAUUAGGUUAUUAAACAAGGAAGUAUUUAAUCCCU